AUGAUGCGGAUGCCUAAAAGCGUCUCUCCCGCACCGGCUCGGGCCCCAGUGGGACUCUCCUGCUCCCAGCAGAAGAUGAAGGUUUUGUCCUCCGGGGGGGUGAGCUCGGACUUCUUCAUCACCGGACUGUCCAGCCCGCCGAUGAGCACGAUAGCAGCUGGAUACUUCACCCAGAUCAGCAGCACGGCAGCGGGCGAACAAAGAGCCAACAGCCUGUACUCCACCCCGCAUGGACCCGAGGCUAAACCCAUCAGAGCCUCCUCCGGGCGGCUGCCGGCUAAAAGGAAGCUGGAUCUAGAAGAUCCUCUUUACCUGCCAGAGUUUCGCACACCCAAAGGCAAAGGCAGCAUUACAGCGAGGAUACCAAGUCCCCGCACGCCAAAGUCUCCAGGUGAACGGACGCGGUACGACACGUCACUGGGCCUCCUGACCAAGAAGUUUGUUGGACUGAUCGCGGAGUCUCCUGACGGAGUUCUUGAUCUCAACUGGGCCACCGAAAUUCUGGAGGUCCAGAAGAGACGCAUCUAUGACAUCACGAAUGUUCUGGAGGGAGUCCAGCUCAUCCGAAAGAAGUCGAAGAACAACAUCCAGUGGCUGGUGGGUGAUGUUUUUGAAGGUGGUGCUAGUGGAGGAGAAAAAGCUUGUGCCUUGAGGAAAGAGCUGAGAGACCUGGAGAGAGCAGAAAGGUCUCUGGAUGACCUGAUUCAGUCCAGCACCACGCAGCUCAAACAGCUCACGGAGUUCAAAGACAGCCAGAGGUUUGGCUACGUGACGUACCAGGACAUCCGCUCCAUCGCCAGUCUCCUAGACCAGACAGUCAUUGCUGUCAAAGCUCCUACUGAAACCAAGCUGGAGGUGCCAGACACUGCUACGGGCUCAUUACAAAUUUAUUUAAAGAGCAGAAAUGGCCCCAUAGAAGUGUACCUGUGUCCAGAGGAGGGACUUGAAGAUGCGAGCCCGGUUGAGAGCCUAAUCUCGCCUAAAAAAGAAUACCCUCCAAGCGACGACUCGCCAGCGGCAACGACAGCAGCUCCACAAAGUUCCAGCGUUAAAGAGGAGCCUAUGGAAACGACCGUUUCGACGGCACCACCAGCCGCCUCCUCCGCCGCCACCUCCUCUCUGCUUGACGUUGAGGGUCUGCUGGGUCUGCCUCCAAGCCUACUUCAAAUCACUGAUGACCAGCUUCCUGGCACCUCCUUCACUUCAGACCCCAACACCAACUUUGUCAGUUUCUCUCCACCUAUUGACCACGACGAUUACCUCUGGAGCCUGGAGGACGGUGAGGGCGUGUCGGAUUUCUUCGACGCUUAUGACCUUGGAGAUUUAUUAAAGAGUUGAUGUUUCAAAUGAGACCGAUGUAUAUUUAAAGGAGCAGAACAUACAUUACGAAGCCAUCGCUCAUUUUUAGCCAUGCCAGUUGGAGGACUCUC